GACCGGCCCACAAAGCAUUUCUUCUCUUCUCUGCUUUCUUUCUUGCUCCCGUCGCCUUCAGCUUCAGCAAGCUCAUACAUACUUCAGCUCAUUGCUCUGUUAUUUAUCACACAUCUCGCACUGCACUGCCUCACUCAUUUCAAAGAGUUCAGGCUUCCUUGUUAAAACUUCAACUAGAAUCUGAUCUCUACUGGAGCUCCAGUGGGAAGGAAACAAAGAUGCAGCAGCAUUGCGCUAGAGCGCUAGUACAUCUCUUCUUCUUCCAGCUCAUCAUCCCUCUCCUCUUCGUCUCCGGCUCCGGCGACGUCGACCUCGUCCUCUACAAGAUCAAGCCGGCGUUGCAGGGCACCGCCGCCCCCAACGCCGAGCUCGCGACCUGGAACGCGUCGACGCCGCUGUGCCUAUGGCGCGGGCUGCGCUGGUCCACCCCCGCCGGCGUCCCCCUCCGCUGCGACACCGCCGCCGCGCGCGCAAAGCUCAUCUCCACCGACGCCGCCGCCCUCCUCCUCGUCUCCAUCCGCCUCCCUGCCGCCGCGCUCGCCGGCCAUCUCCCCGCCGAGCUCGGCGCCUUCUCCGCGCUCGACUCCGUCUACCUCGCCGCCAACGCCAUCUCGGGCCCCAUCCCUCUCGAGCUCGGCAACGCGCCAGCGCUCUGCCACCUCGACCUCGCCGCCAACGCGCUCUCCGGCCCCAUCCCGCGCUCCAUCUGGAACCUCUGCGACCGCCUCGCCGACCUCCGCCUCCACGGCAACGCCCUCGCCGGCGCCAUACCUCCCCCCGCCGGGCCCAACACCGCCUGCGACCGCCUCCGCCUCCUCGACCUCGGCGCCAACCGCCUCUCCGGCGACUUCCCCUCCUUCCUCGCCUCCUUCCAUGGCCUACGCCAGCUCGACCUUGGAGCCAACCGGCUCUCAGGCCCCGUGCCGGCCGCCAUGGCCGGCGUCCAGAUGCUCAACCUUUCCUACAACAACUUCUCCGGCCAGCUUCCCCCGGGCUUCUCCUCCGCGGAAGCAUUCCUCGGUAACAGCCCGGCGCUCUGCGGCGCGCCGUUGCCGCAGCCGUGCGUGACGUCGUCGUCGGGGCUGAGCUCCGGCGGGGUGGCCGGGGUUGUCAUCGGGGUGAUGGCCGGCGCGGUUGUCCUGGCGUCGGUGUCCAUCGGGUGGGCGCAGGGGAGGUGGAGACGGAAGAAGGAAUCCGAGGAGGAAGAAGAAGCAGAUGAGGAAGACGAAGGGGACAAGCUGAUGGUGUUCGAGGGCGGGUCGCACCUGACGCUGGAGGAGGUGCUCAACGCGACGGGGCAGGUGGUGGAGAAGGCCAGCUACUGCACUGUCUACAAGGCCAAGCUCCCCGACGGCGGCGGCAGCAUCCAGCUCCGGCUGCUACGGGAAGGCUCCUGCGUCGAGCCGUCCGUGGCGGCGGUGCGGCGGAUCGGGCGCGCGCGGCACGAGAACCUGGUGCCGCUCCGGGCAUUCUACCAUGGCCGCCGCGGCGAGAAGCUCCUGGUCUACGACUACUCCCCGCACCGCACGCUCCACGACCUCCUCCAUGGCGGCCAGGAGACGAGGCCGGCGCUGACGUGGCCCCGGCGGCACAAGAUUGCGCUGGGGGUGGCGAGGGCGCUGGCGUACCUGCACCACGGGCACGGCGGCGAGGCGGCGGCGGUGCACGGGAACGUGCGGGCGUCGAACGUGGCGGUGGACGAGGCGCUGGUGGCGCGGCUGGCGGAGCACGGGGUGGUGGGGAGGCUGCUGACGCCGGCGGCGGCGGAGGCGGUGCUGGCGGCGGCCAAAGCGGACGGGUACAGGGCGCCGGAGCUGAAGAAGAAGAAGAAGAACUUGAGAUGCAGCGCACGGACGGACGUGUACGCGUUCGGGAUCCUGCUGCUGGAGCUGCUGACGGGGCGGAGGCCGGCGGCGGACCUGCCGGCGCUCGUCAAGGUGGCCGUGCUCGAGGAGACCACCAUGGAGCUCUUCCACCCGGAGCUGGCCGCCAGAGGUGCUGAAGGUGGGCUCGUGCAGGCGCUCAAGCUCGCCAUGGGCUGCUGCGCGCCCGUGCCGGCGGCCAGGCCCACCAUGGCGGAGGUGGUCAGGCAGCUGGAGGAGAACCGGCCCAAGCCCAACAGCGCCUGCCGCUCGGCCCUCUACAGCCCCGCCGCCGACACCACCAGCGGCGCCGGCACCCCCGCCAACGCCGCCUAGCACCAUGGAUCAAUGCCGAUCCCCUGAUCCCCUCUCCUGAUUCCAGUUCCAUCUUGUACCUCCUGCACGAUACUAGUGUCAAUCCAUAGAAAAAGAAGAAUCGAUCGGAUAUGUUUCUGCUGCCGCUCAGGUUGAUGAAUUGCUCUUUUCAAAAAAAGAAGAAGAAAAGAGCUAGCUUGAUGAAUCAUACUGUACUGUACUGCUCCUGUUCUAGCUAGUUAGCUACGUGGUCGAGUUUUAUUGCAAUCAUUCAAUUAAAAGGGCAAAAUGCUUAAUUGCUUGGAGUAA